AUGGAAGUGCCCAAGAGAGCCAUCAAGUUCUCGUCGAACGAUACGUUCGGUCCCUUCUACCAACGACUCUUCCACGUACCAGCCCUAACACAGCCACUCGCGGUUCUCACAGGCGCAAGUGCCGGUGCAGUCGAAAGCCUGGUAGUAGUACCCUUCGAAUUGGUGAAGAUCCGUCUCCAAGACAAGACAUCUGCAGCGCGAUACAAUGGUCUCGUCGACUGCCUCACUAAGGUGGUGCGGCAAGAAGGGAUUCUAGCGCUCUAUAAUGGCUUCGAAGCGACUCUCUGGCGACAUAUCGUCUGGAACGCUGGAUACUUCGGGUGCAUCUUCCAAGUACGCGCUCAACUACCUGAUCCAUCACAAUCUGCAAAUCCAAAAGCGCAGAAGACGGUGAAUGAUUUGGCGGCCGGCUUUGUCGGAGGAGUGGUAGGCACUACUCUGAAUACACCACUUGAUGUGGUCAAGAGUCGAAUACAGAGUGUUGCGAAGGUUGAAGGCGUAAGAGGCAAAUAUGCAUGGGCAUGGCCGAGCUUAGGUGUAGUUGCGAGAGAAGAAGGACUGAAAGCGCUGUACAAGGGCUACGUAGCCAAGAUCUUGAGGUUCGGACCUGGUGGCGGGGUGUUGUUGGUCGUCUACUCUGCGAUGAUAGAAAUGCUGGGAAACGUCGUAUAG